AUGGAUCUUGUGCGUACUGUUGCCUCCACGUCCCAGCACACCAAAAUCGCUGCCAACAUGCUGGACUGCGUUCGGGAGUCGGCGUCCCUCAGCCAGCUGACGGCAUACUGGCUGUGCUUUGAAUUAGUCAAGGCUUCACAUGCCGCAUCCGAAGACACGGACGCCCUGUUCGAUCUUUCUGCAUUUACCGACCAGUCGGACGACAUUAACCAGGUUUUUAACGAACUUUAUGACUUUUCUGUGCAGGUACUGGAUUUACACACUGAGAUGGCUCAGGUUGACUGGCGCCUGGAAGCCAUUGCCCUUGAGAUCAUGGCUUAUGCCGCCCACAGGGCCGGCGAGAACUUUCGACCGGAGCUGGUUGACGUGCUCUUCCCAGUUGCCACGUUUCUGGGUUCGGAGAAUGCGAACCUGCAGCAGCAUGCCAUUGCUACCCUGAACAGCAUAGCACUAUCAUGCAGGUACUCCAACGUUUCAGGACUAAUCAUCGACAACGUCGACUACAUGGUGAACUCGGUCUCACUACGGUUGAACACGCUGGACAUUUCUCCAGCCUCCACACAGGUGUUGAGGAUGAUGGUGCGAUUGGCAGGACCUCGCCUUGUGCCGUUCCUGGACGAUGUAGUCGAAUCGAUGUUUGCCGCGCUGGAAAACUACCACGGAUAUGCCUCCUUCGUGGAGAGUCUCUUUUCUGUCCUGAAAGAGAUUGUGGAUCAAGCAUCUCGAGCGGACGGCCGACUUCUCACCGAUGCUGAGAUGACUUCCGUCAACCACAAGAAGAAAGCGCAAAAAAUGGAAGAUUUGGACAUGCUUUUGGAGAUUCUUGACCGGCGGAAAGAGAGAGAGGAGCGUGAUAGAGCCGAAAUGGAGGGCUUGGGACCAAUAAGUGGGCACCCCGGAGUUCCGUGGACGAGCGGUUUGGUGCAUGGACAGGACGAACAAGAUGGUCAAGACCAAGAUGGACCGCCGCCAGAGGAAGAAAAGAAGCCGAAUUCGCCCAC